AUGUCAGCAAAUCUUAUUGCCUGGUUAAUAUCCGGCCUCCUUCUCCUCAGGAUUCUCUAUGAACGUAUACGAGAUAGACGACUUCCUCCAGGACCAGCCCGUCUCCCACUGAUUGGAAACCUCCAUCAAGCACCUACCAACCUUCCAUGGGUAACUUACCAAAGAUGGAUCAAACAAUAUGGACCCAUCAUCAGCGCCCAAUUUGGCAGCAACACAGUCAUCUUCAUAGGCGAUGCGACCAUCGCUCGCUCGCUUCUAGACAAACGAGGCGAUAUCUACAGCGACCGACCACGCAUGGUCAUGGCUGGGGAGAAUUUGACGAAGGGAAUUCACCUGCUCCUCCGUAGGUACAAUGAGCGAUACAAACUCCAUCAAAGGCUUGAUGCACCGGUGCUUAGUCUUCGUGCGUCAAAAACCUACUAUCCAUUGCAAGACCUAGAAAGCAAGCAAUUGCUGUUCGAUUUCCUGCCUACGAAUGAUUUUAAAAAGGUGUAUGAACGCUAUGCGGCAAGUUUGGUUUAUAGUCUUGUGUACGGGACCCGCCUACAUACCGGCAAUGAAUGGAUGCUGAAACAUGCACAUCAAGUGCAAGACAACUUUGCAUAUGCAGCCCGUGUGGGUACAUGGAUUGUAGAUGCGAUUCCGAUUCUGAACUACUUACCAUCUACUCUGGCACCGUGGAAAAAGACGGCCGAAAAGUUUUAUCAGAUUGAAAAAGAGCUUCACUUAAAUAACAUGCAGACCGCACUGGCUACCAAGGGCUGGAAUUGGACCAAGGAGUUCUCGAAAUCAAAAGAGGCGGCUCUAAUGUCACACAUCGAAUUAGCGUACAAUGUAGGCAUCCUGGCAGAUGCCGGACUUGAUACUACUUCUUUGCAGAUGCGAAUGUUCACCUUGGCAACCCUCGCUUAUCCAGAGUUCGUCAUAAAGGCGCAGAAAGAGCUCGACUCAGUUGUUGGACCAGACCGACUUCCAACCCUCGACGACGAGCCAAAUCUCCCAUACAUCUCUGCAAUAGUAAAAGAGAGUCUCCGCUGGCGCUCCAUUGCUCCAGGUGGUGUUCCGCACGCUACUCUCACAGCAGACGAGUACAUGGGAUAUCAAAUACCUAAGGGCGCCACAAUCGUAUGGCUUUACUGGGCUAUGGCGCUUGACGAGAACACAUUCGAUCGACCGCUAGAAUUCCUUCCAGAGCGAUGGCUGGACAGGUCAGAGAAUGAAAAGAAAUGUCAAUUCGUGAGCUUUUUCGGAUAUGGGCGUCGUCUGUGUACUGGAAGACAUAUUGCUAAAAACUCACUCUUUUUGCUCAUGGCGAGGAUUCUUUGGGGGUUUGAUGUUCGGCAUGCAGUUGAUGAGGAUGGCAAGCCUAAGGAGGUGGAUGAUUUGAAUAUGACAUCGGGGUUUGUUUCCUCGCCUGUCCCGUUUGAGGCUGUUUUUGAGCCACGGAGUGUACAUCAUAAGGAGGUAAUUGAAAGUAACUGGCGGAACGCGGAGAAAGAUAUUGAUAUGAUUAUGAACUCCAUCAGAGACAAACAGAUCUCAGUUGGCUUGAAGGUUCAAGCUUGA